AUGGAUGAAGCAAUAAGAAAAAUCAAUGCAAGAUACAAUGUUGGUAUAUUUUGGAAGGAGGAAACAAACUACCUCUGGAUAGUCGGAAGGCGAACUGAUGUAGAAACAUGCUGCUUUUCGAUGUACGCCUUACUAGAAAAGCAGGGACCGUUGCUGGCGAAGUUAACAGUGGACAGACGAGGUACAUUUUGUAUGUGUGGCGGAAGAUGUAAAGACGGCACAGGUAGCAAAGAAUUCCGUCUCCAAAAGGGUCAGACUCUCGUGACUGAGGGUAACCAUGUGGCAGAUGAAAAGAAGGGUCAGAGUGACACUGACAUGACUAGACGUGACCGUGAGACGGCUUUGGAGGUCACAGAGAACUGCUGUAUCUGUAUGGACAGUAUGACUGAGCCUAAGAAGCUGUCGUGUGGUCACAUGUUCUGUAGAGAGUGUAUAGACCAGCAGUUUAAGUACAAACCAGCCUGUCCCCAGUGUGGAGCUGUUCAUGGGAAGAUCACAGGGGACCAGCCACCGGGGACGAUGACCACCAAGAUAUAUGAGGGACAUGGCUCCUUGCCUGGUUAUGAAGGAUGUGGUAUCAUCAACAUCAGCUACAACUUCCCUUCUGGGAAAGAGGGACCAAAUCAUCCCACACCAUAUCAAAACUAGCAAGGCAUCGACACAACCGCCUAUCUUCCUAGAAACAAGAAAGGUGGUCUUGUUGCCAAAUUGUUAAAGAUAGCAUUUGACAGGAAGUUAGUGUUUACUAUUGGAAGGUCAAGGACAAGUGGGAAUGAUUGGUUCGUUACCUGGAAUGACAUUCACCACAAAACCAGAUCGGACGGUGGCCCACAGGCGUUUGGGUACCCGGAUCCUACUUAUCUGGAUAGAGUUCUGGACGAGUUGAAAGCCAAAGAAGUCACAGAGGAGUCCCUAAACGACCCAUAAGUCAACAAUCUGAGACCGAUACAUUAACUUGUUGAUCAAAGAAUAAUGGACAUGUUCUCUAUGUGUCAUCGUUACGAGAUCUGA